CAGGAAAAAAAAAUAUUGAGUUCACUAUGGUUAGAGAAUCACAAGAUGGCCGCAUCAUCACGGGCAACACAGAAAUUAAACAACAACCAUUUCAAAUUACAAACAUCUACGCUCCACCUAUGAGCAAAGAUAGAGUUCGCUUCUUUGAAAAUUGGACUUCAUCCAUAGCAGAAGAAAGAAUAUGCAUCAUUACUGGUGACUUUAACACAAAUUUGGAUCCACAAAAUGAUAGAAUAAGUAGUGCUCCAUCACAAUCUGAUCACUCAAGGGACAUCAUACAAACACUCCUGGCCGAAUAUACUAACACAGCUUUGUUUGCUAAAGAGAGCCCAUUUCUUAC